GGACCGAAGUAUGCUUUCGCAACCCUGCUUUCCGGUCCAUCAGGCGAUGAAGAUUGGGCGAAAGAUAACUACCUUACGGGGACGCGGCUGCUAGCGUAUCAGCUCCUUCACAACCCGCAGACAAGAAGCAAGAAUAAGGGUAUUCCCUUUGUAGUCUUCGUGGGAGAAAAUGUAUCCGAAGCGAAGCGGGAGCGGCUGCGCAAAGAUGGUGCAGUGAUCAAGGAGGUGAAGCCCAUACACGCCGACUGGAUCAAACCUGCACAGCGAGAGUACAACGAGGUUCUCUCGAAGCUCCGCCUUUGGGAGCACACCGAAUACGACCGCAUCUGUCUCCUCGACAGUGACAUCGUUCUCAACAAACCUAUUGAUGGCGUUUUCGACGAUCCUGCUGUAGCGCUUCAAACCACCGGUACCAACCGAAGCGCAGAGAUCUACAAGGAAGAUGAAGGUGAGCUCCCGACGACGUAUGCCUUCGCCGCCGCGAUGGAGACAAGUCCCGACCACAAUUACCCUCCCCAGGUCGGCAAUGGCGACUACAUACGCGACGAUAACCUCAACGCAGGGUUCAUGGUCUUUCGACCCGACAAAGAGCUAUUCGAGCACUACAUGAAGAUUCUGGCGCAACCGGACCGGUUCAAUUCGGCACUGCCCGAGCAAAGUCUACUCAACUACGCGCAUCGUUGGAGCGCAAAUAUGCCCUGGAAACCCAUCGGCAACACAUGGAACGUCAACUUCCCCUACACCAGAGAUAUAGAAGCCGGAGUCGCGUCCGUGCAUGAGAAGUUCUGGGCGCCGGCCCAUCAAGAGAUGAAGCCGUGGCUUGAGGCGUGGAGAUAUCGCAUGGAGGGGUUCUUUGAGGCCAUGGAUGAGUUG